CUGACUUGUCGUUCUUUAGUAUAUAUCAAAAAGCUUGUGUGUGUAUUUCGUCGUUCUGUCUUUAUAAAUCGUGAGGAGAAUUGUUCAUUCCUCACAUUUAUUUCCUCAAAUCUAUUCUCUCACAAUUUGGCACAAGCGUGGAUUUCAGCACGCAUUUACACGUCCUUUCCUGCAAUUCAUUGUAGCUCUUGUGCUCAUCGAUGAACAUGUCAAACCUCAAUUAUAAUCUCUUUACCUUCGUACCAGCUAUUGCCGGUAUUGCAGCACAUCUAGGAUAUUUCAUCCGUGGCGAACAUCACAUGCAAGCUCUCCAAUGGUUACUUACUACUGUCUUUUCACCUCUGUUUGUCUUCCUCACCAUUCUCAAAUUUGAUAUCACGUCUUCAUAUAUAACGGCUUUGAAACUCACAACUAUUAUCCUUACCUCGUUCUUCACAUCUUUAACAGGAAGUAUCCUUAUUUAUCGCAUAUUCUUCCAUCCGCUACGCCAUUUUCCAGGACCGUUGGCUGCAAAAUGUUCGAAGUUGACUCAUACAAUGAGAUUAAUUGAGAAGAGUGAUAAUUACCUGCAAACGCAUGCAUUGCAUGGAGUGUAUGGGGAUACUGUGAGGUGGGUUGGAUUUCAAUGUGUCUUUGACGAGACGAGGGACUGAUGAGAUAUGAUAGGAUUGGCCCCAAUGAACUUUCGAUCACUAAACCUGAAGCUGUUCAGGCUUUGAUUGGGCCGGGAUCAAAAUGCAUUAAGAGUCCCUGGUAUGAUGGUGCGUAAUUCCCAAUUAUUCUUCCAAAAGCUUCCGAAGAUAUAAAAUUACUAAACACCCGAUCUGAAUGUAGUUGUUGCGCUUCCUCAUACUACUAUGCAUUCGGAACGCGAUCGUGUGGACCAUGAUAAGAGAAGGAAGGUUUGGGAUCGUGGAUUUAGCGCGAAGGGUAGGACUUAGUAUUUUUUAAAAUGAUUGUGUGAAUGUCAUUACUCACACUCAUACAGCCUUACGCAACUACGAGGGUCGAGUUACAAGCUAUGCGGAUGAAUUGGUUUCCCAGCUUGACGCUUCCCGAGGAAAAGCAGUUAAUGUAACAUACUGGUUUAAUUCUUAUGCCUUUGAUGUUACAGGCGAUUUAGCAUUUGGGAAACCUUUUGAUAUGUUAAGAACUGGAGAAAAGGUCCCACCCGUUCGUCUGUACAUUUAUUCCUUUCGCUAAUUAACAGAAAUAGCAUAAUGAACUCAAAUUAUUGCACGAGGUCCAGGUCCCACUGGGUUUUCUCUCACCCAUUCCCUGGAUUUUCCCUAUCCUCAUCAAGGUUCCAAGUCUGAUGGAUGGUCUCAACGAUUUUAUUCGCUUUUGUGCAAAACAAAUUGAUAUUCGAAGAGUGGUUAGUGAGCUCACAUUAUGCACACGAAGAGAUCUACUAAAAUUUGGAAAAUUUAGAAUGAACCAAACGUUCCCGAUAUUAUGACAUGGUUAAUUGAUGCUUAUGAAAAUGAUCCAGAUCCAAUCCAUAAAGAUCCUCGGUUCGUCUCAACAUAUCCUUAAAAAAGCAUAUAUACCCUAACCAUACUAAUAACUCACAAGAUGGUUAUACGGUGACGCACGACUCAUCAUUGUCGCCGGUAGUGACACUACAUCAGCAACGCUCACAUAUCUCUUUUAUCACCUCUGUCUCGAACCUCAUCACGUCGCCAAAUUGAGAGAGGAACUAGAGCCAAUAUUCACUCCAGGGUCCCCGAACGAAUGUAGAGAUAUUCAACAUGCUCCGUAUCUCAAUGGUGUUAUUAAUGAAACUCUUCGAUUGCACCCACCUGUUCCCAGUGGUUUAUUGAGACAAACACCUCCUGAAGGUCUUACAAUUGAUGGAACUUACAUUCCGGGAAAUGUGACCAUAUCAACUCCUACAUGGACCAUGGGUCGUCGUACGUCUACUCACACAUUUUCUAUCCUUCCCUUCCUAAUCUAUCCUCCUAACUAACUUCUUACCCCAACCCAAAAUAGUAAAAUCCAGCUACCCCUCGCCUCACACCUUCCUCCCAACCCGCUGGUUCCCAGACCCACAAAACGCGCAAUUCCUCCUCGAUAAAUCGACAUUCACUCCCUUUAGCGCGGGAAAUUACUCGUGUAUCGGAAAACAACUUGCGUUGAUGGAAUUGAGAGCUGUGGUGGCUAGAAUCGUGACGAAGUUUGAUGUGGGGUUCGCAGAGGGAGAAGUGGGGGAGAAGUUGACGGGGAGGGAGUGGGUUAUUGAUGGAAGGGGUGAUGGGGAAGGGAAAGGGAAAGGGAUGGGUGGAAAUCAGGAUACAAGAGAGGUUUUUACGUGCGAAUUGGGAGAUUUGAUGAUGGUUUUUAAGGGGAGGAAAUGAGCGUUUGAGAUUUUGAGUGUUUGGAUCAUAUGUGUGUGUUUCAAUCAUGAUUUGAAUAUCGUAUCCAAUAGCUCUUAAUAUAAGAUUACAACUUCAAUAAAGUAAAUCUCGUAUAAAUAAAUAUAAAUACUAUAU